CUGAUUUCUGAGCGGGGACUCUGGGAAGAAUGCUCUCAGGUUGGGAAUGGAGACCGAGAGGAGCACGCUUGGCCAUUGCGGUCCUCUCAUGGGUGAUCCUCGUCCAAAUGGCUGGCCUGUACCUCUUCACGCGUGGUUUCUUGCUCACAAGAAUGGCACUAUCAGAUAUAAGUUCUUGUCCGAACGGAGAAUGCACGUUGCCAGAGACGCAUCAGCGUGUCGUCCUGCUCAUCAUCGACGCAUUGCGUUUUGACUUCGUCUCUCCCAACCCACCUGAACCGCGCUCGCCAUUCCAUCAUGAUAUUCUCACUCUUCCGAGAGAACUUACGGCAAAGUACCCGGAUAGGUCGUUCUUGUUCCAUUCGUUCGCGGACCCGCCGACUACGACUCUUCAGCGGAUUAAAGGAAUUACUACUGGAUCGCUGCCAACUUUUGUUGAUGUUGGGUCCAGCUUCUCGGGUUAUGAAAUUGAGGAGGAUUCGACAAUUAAUCAAUUGCAUAUUGCUGGGAGACGGAUAGCAUUCAUGGGAGAUGACACUUGGAUGACAGUAUUUCCGACUUUAUUUGCACCGAACAUGACCUAUCCAUACGACUCCUUCAACGUCGAGGACCUACAUACUGUCGACGAAGGUGUAACUCGUCACCUCUUCCCAUUGCUCGAAGAAGAGUCUCCUUCGUGGCACGCCAUUGUCGGUCAUUUCUUGGGCGUAGAUCACGUCGGACAUCGAGUCGGUCCUGACCAUGCAGUGAUGAAAGCAAAGCUAUCGCAAAUGGAUGGCGUAUUCCGUCGUGUUGUCGACCUUCUUGCGGACGACACCCUCCUUGUCGUUCUUGGAGACCAUGGUAUGGACAGGAAAGGCGAUCAUGGUGGAGAUGAUGUUUACGAAACUUCGGCUGCUAUGUGGAUUUAUAGCAAAGGCGUUACUUUGCAGGACAGUUCCGAUGCACACGCUAUACCAUCUGCGCUUCUGGAUAAGGCUACGUAUCCUGGAGCUUCUGUUGAACACCGUUGGAUACAGCAGAUCGAUAUCGUCCCGACACUAUCUCUCCUCUUAGGCCUUCCGAUUCCCUUCAAUAAUCUCGGAUCUGUCAUACCAGAACUAUUCACCCGAUCUUCAAUACUCGAUAAAGCGAUCAAGCUUAAUGCCGAACAGGUUCGACGUUAUCUUGACGCGUACCGUACUAGCGCAUCGGACAGUGAACUCGAUGCUCUAUGGCCUUCACUUGAAAAUAUAUGGGGCCUUGCUGGGACUGAGUUAGGUCCAUACGCAUACUUCAAAUACAUGAGGCGUGUCUUGGAAGAGUGUCGUUCGCUUUGGGCACAGUUUAACGUCGUUCAGAUGACUACUGGCCUAGUCGUGCUUGCGCUGUCGGUUGUAACGACGGCAGUCUUGUAUUCUCGAUUAGGAGGUGUCUCGGAUUGGGAGAGUUGGGCAAGCAAGCGUGCCAAUAAAGUUGUUCAGGCUUCCACGAUGAGUCUGGUUGCCUGUCCUGUCGUAUAUCUUGCAUUAUCACGCAUCGCUCCCGAGCUGGACUUGUCAGAUGUCGUACUAGCAGUUCUGUCCACCAUAUCUUGCGUAACCCUUUUGCUAGAUUCAUUACCAGCAUUACCACGUCCUUCAUUAAAUUCACUCCCGAUUAUCUUAAUCCUGCACGCCAUAAUGUUCUUCUCAAACUCAUUCACUUUCUGGGAAGACCGCAUCGUUCCAUUUCUCCUCAUCAGCCUCCUCGUUCUUGCCGUACGCGUUGGGUUCACAGCCGCAGAUGAGCGCCUACGUAAACGGAUCCUUUUCUUUUCCGCCAUUUACGCUAUCUGUGUGCGUCUUAUAGCGUUCAGCACUGUUUGUCGCGAGGAGCAACAGCCUUACUGCCACGUCACGUUUUACGCCUCGUCUGCGUUAUCGGCUUCUCCACUUCUCGCUGUUAUCCUCUCGAUUCCUGUAUCGAUCGUAUUACCGUCCAUAUUCCGACGCUUCCUGGCUAUCUCGGCGUCAGACAAGGGCCUCGUUCCGAGCUUCCUCUCGUAUGUCCUUCGGCCAGCGCUUCUUGCGAGUAGCAUACACUGGAUCUGCGAAUGGCUAGAAUCGAAGGACCAAUUUGGACCUGAGUGGGCUGGUUCUUUGCGAACAGCCCGUACCGUUAUCGCUUGGUGCACAUUUGGAGGUGUUUUACUUGGUGGGAUGGGUCUUUGGUGGCUCAAUCCACUUUGCAUAGAUAUCCGAGUAUCUAAACCUUCAUCAGCUGAAUCAAACGGGAACACGAAGCCGAAAGCUGUCGUGGUUGUAAACUCAAAUGCGUAUGGAGCUCCCUACUUACUCUUUUGGAGCAUUGCUUUUUCGCUUGUCUACCUUGCGACACAACUAACAGGUCAACUCGUCUUGGCACUUUCCACAAUCGCUCUUCUCGCGCACCUCGAAAUUUCUGAUAGCGUACGCGAUGCACAGGGUCUCGUCAUGGCGUUCUCCGGACCUAAACUAUCAGCAGCACUCGAAGCUGAGAAUUUCGAAAGCCCACCAUUCUCGUUCAGCCAACUCACCCCACUUGCGUUACUCGGACUGCAUGCUUUCUAUGCUACGGGACACCAAGCAACUAUUGCUUCGCUACAAUGGAAAUCUGCAUUUGUGUUUACGAGUACUGUAUCCUUCAUGUCGCGCGUUUCCGUAUUUCUCAACACCCUGGGCCCACAAGCUAUACUCGCACUGGCCGCUCCACUCCUCGCGUGUUGGCAAGUCGUCACACUCUCACCAUCAUCAUCUGCACGCCCUAUCAUCUCGAAAUCUCGCAUCAUGGGCGAAUCUGUGCGCGCAAGCAUAGGAGUAAUGCUCUACUACGGUGUACUACUCCUUACAACCGCAGCGAGUGCAGCGAUCUUGAGAAGACAUUUGAUGGUAUGGAAAGUGUUCGCGCCGAGAUUCAUGGCUGCUGCUUUGGAAGUUGUUGCCGUUGAUUUGAUUUUGCUUGUUGGUGUGGGGUUUGGUGUUAGUAGGAUGUCGAGUUGUGUGUGGAGUUUGCUGCAAAGGAGUGUACAGAAGACCACGUAGAGAUUGAUUGAC